AUGUCUAGCUCGGAUUUUGGUGAUAGUGAUGAUGACGAUGAACUUUUACAGGCUUUGAUUCAAGGCAGAGCAGAAAUUCAGGGCCACCAGGUGAUACCGACACAAGCAAAUGUACCAACCCAAACUCAACAAGGAUUAAGAACAACCGCUGUCGCUACUACAGGAAAUGGCAACAGUUCCGCUGGUAUCAACGAUGACAUACAAACUAAGCUAUAUCGGGCAGAUGGUGAGAUUUCAAUCCUUCGUAUGCAGUUGCAACAGCUCCAACAACAGAAGCAACAAGAGGUUAUCAAAUUAAAUGAUUCAUAUACUGCAUUGAAACGAAACAAUGAGGAACAAAUAGUAGCUCUAAAACAAGCAGUGCUGAAACUUGAAGAUGAGAAGAAAUUUUUGCAUAAUGAAUUGGUUAUUGCCUCUGCUAGUAAGAAAAGAAAAGUAAAUAAUCAAUUUGAUGUUACUACAAGUAUAGUACCUGCUACAACAAACGAAUCUGUGAAAGCUGCAUCUCUAGUAUCAGCACCAGCACCAGCAACAGCAACAGUACCAGCACCAGCACCAUCUACACCUAAACCAAGGAUAAUAAAACCAUCAAAUGAUGCUGCAUUAUUUUCAGACCAGAUAUGGAAUUACUGUAUAUUAGGAAGCACAAGAACAUCACUUUCUUAUCUAAGCAAAAUAUGUACUGAUUUUGACUUGGAAUUAACUCAACACAACUUUAAAUUGUUAAGAAGAACACCUAUAUCUUCCUCAAUUAUGGAAUUGUUAAUGAGUAGAAAGAGUCUACGUUUGGAUCAGCUCAUACAAGAAUUCGUCACUGUCUUACUUGAAAUUAUUGAUAAUUUGCUCAAUAGGCAAAAGAGUAAAAGUUGUCUUGCUGUACCGUUUCUUCUAUCAUUGGUUCAUUGUUCGAUAACGUUUCGACCUGUUGCGGUAUCUGUAGAGCUAAUUGGACACAUUGUGAUUCACGUUUCUAACAUCGCCAAAGACUUGUCGUACUUAGUAAGUGAAGGAAGUGAUCUACCAUUGGGUUUAGAAGACGAGUUUAUGAAUUAUCAUGAUGUUCCGAAUCAUGUAUCAAUCCUUCAGAAAUUCAUAUUCGUUUGUUGCAUGGAUAUACUUGAAAAAGCAAUUACGUUGUCUUCGAUGUAUGAAGCCCAGUAUAUACGAAACACUUGGAAUUUAUUCCCACUUGAACUAUUCAAUUUGUGUUUACCUCAAAAUCCAGAACGAUUUAAAAACACUGCCCAGGUAAACCUAGUGUACAACAUGGUGGAGAUGCUAUUGGGAUCCAUCACUGACGACACAUUUGCAUUUAACAAUUCAGAAUUGAAUGGUGUAAUUAUAAGCUCCUUGCUUAAAGUAUGUCUUAUAGAAUUACCAAUUCGAGAGAAUUUCAUGGUGUAUGGAUUGAAUCGAAUAGUUGGUAACAACUACGAUUUGAAAAAGAUUGACUCUAUGGUGCCUAUAGACCAUGACUGCUUGAACAACUACGUAGUGGUCGCACCACAACCUAUUCCAUAUGAACUUUUGGAAACUCCUGGUGAGUUACAAUACGAAUUAUCCGCAAACCAUCAAUUUCAUUUAUUAACCUUGUCGGUCAAGGUAUCUGAACUAUUACACUCGCUAAUUGUUACACAAGAAACUAUAGAUUUCUUAUACAAUAGAGAACAUUUCAAAUCUAUGAUAAGAAUCGUGGCAUUUGAACAAGAUUAUAUCAUGAGAUCUCCCAGAUCUAAAUAUAUCUACUUACGAAUCCAACUAGUUUCAAAUUUUGUCAAAAUCAUAAACUAUUUAACCCAACAAGAAGGUAAAGAUAUGACUGAGUUGAUAUUCCCUGAGACGAUGCAUGAAUUAUUUGUGGUAUUGCUGAGAAUAGCGUUUGGGUCAGACUCUUCAACUACAGCCGAAGGUCAACAGUUGUUGUUUAAAGUUCGAGAGAAAGGUUACUAUAAUCAAGUUGUGUUUAACGAAACAUGUGAAUCCAGAGCAAGAGAACUAAACCAUUUAACAGACAUAAUACCGAAUGGGAAAUAUCUUGCUGAUUUACAAACUGAUUUCGCUAACGGGCUAGAAUUCCCUUAUGAAUCAGAUGCUAUUGAAUGUGCCCGAGAAAUCUUGAAUAAAUUCGUCACUCACGAAGAAGCAGAUAAUUUAUAUUUCAAUAUGAAUUGUGAACACGACAGCCUCACGUUUGACGAGAUGGAGUUAGUCGAGUAA